AUGGAUUCGAUAUACUAUGAUCUCAAGAAACUACAGAGGUUGGUGAGUGAUUUGACUGACACUGGGAGCUGGUUUCCCUCUGUACGUGUGCGGGCAUUUGCUCAAGUGGUCGAUUUCCGUGCUGGUACUGAUGGGAGUUUCAGUCAAAUUUGUUUGAACACAUUACCUGAUUUUGGGCAGGGGUGCACAUUGAUAUUGGAUGUCAGUGAACCGGUGUUCGAGAAUAGGUUUGGUUCUGCAGAAGACAAUGCAGUGAGACUGUUUGAUCCUGUGGACGUGCGAGCAUCGAUCUGGUGCAAGAAAGACGUUGAUGAAUCUAUGAUUUGUACUCUUGAGGUGUUGGACAUCUGUUCCAUCUCGACACAAGAGAUUGAUACGUUUAAACAGUUUUUGCAUAGUACUGAAGGUGGAGAGUUCAUGUCAUUGUCACAAAUGAAUAAGUAA